GGAGCUCGGGCACGCCUCGGGGGCGCAGCCCAGGCCCGGCCGUGCGCCCGCGGAGUCCUGGCCUCCGGCUCGCUGCCCGCCGCCCUAGGAGCCGACAGUGCCAGCUGAUCGGCUAGGACCUGGGGGGAGGACCAUGUCCGGCACCAACAGCCCCGAGGCUGUGAAGAAGCUGCUGGAGAAUAUGCAGAGCGACUUGCGGGCCUUGUCGCUCGAAUGCAAGAAGAAAUUCCCACCUGUCAAGGAGGCUGCUGAAUCGGGAAUAAUAAAAGUUAAAACCAUAGCUGCAAGAAACACCGAAAUUUUGGCAGUCAUGAAUGCUGACAUGAGUGGAAAUGCUAUGCCAGCGCUGAAAGAGAACAGCUCAGAGGUUGUGCAGCCUUUCCUGAUGGGCUGUGGGACCAAGGAGCCAAAGAUCACUCAGCUGUGCCUGGCCGCCAUUCAGAGACUCAUGUCACACGAAGUGGUGUCUGAGACUGCUGCUGGAAACAUAAUUAACAUGCUUUGGCAGCUAAUGGAAAACAGCCUUGAAGAACUUAAGCUGCUUCAAACAGUUCUUGUUCUUUUAACAACCAACACAGUAGUUCAUGACGAGGCACUGUCCAAGGCCAUCGUCCUCUGUUUCCGACUCCACUUCACUAAGGACAAUAUCACAAACAAUACGGCUGCAGCUACGGUGCGACAGGUGGUGACUGUUGUCUUCGAGAGGAUGGUGGCUGAGGAUGAACGACACAGAGAUAUAGAACCUCCAGUACUGAUCCAAGGGAACAGUAACAGAAGAUCUGUCAGUACCCUAAGACCUUGCGCUAAAGACGCAUAUAUGCUCUUCCAGGACCUUUGUCAGUUGGUUAAUGCUGACGCCCCUUAUUGGCUUGUAGGCAUGACCGAGAUGACUAGGACAUUUGGCCUUGAGUUGCUAGAGUCAGUCCUCAAUGAUUUUCCACAAGUGUUUUUACAACAUCAAGAAUUCAGCUUCCUCCUCAAAGAAAGAGUAUGUCCUCUUGUGAUCAAGCUCUUUUCUCCAAAUAUAAAGUUCAGACAAGGUUCCAAUACUUCCUCCUCUCCAGCACCAGUUGAAAAACCAUAUUUUCCUAUUUGCAUGCGUUUGCUGAGAGUGGUGUCUGUUCUGAUCAAGCAGUUUUACAGUCUUUUGGUAACCGAGUGUGAGAUCUUUCUGUCACUUCUGGUGAAGUUUCUGGAUGCAGAUAAGCCACAGUGGCUCCGUGCUGUUGCAGUGGAAUCGAUCCACAGGCUCUGUGUGCAGCCGCAGUUGUUAAGGUCCUUUUGCCAGUCAUAUGACAUGAAGCAACAUUCCACCAAGGUUUUCCGAGACAUCGUGAAUGCACUGGGGUCUUUUAUCCAGUCUUUGUUUCUUGUCCCUCCUUCUGGAAACCCUGCCACAGCCAACCAAGCUGGGAACAAUAAUGCCGGUGGCCCAGCCUCAGCACCAGCUAACUCAGGGGUGGUGGGCCUUGGUGGAGGGGUCACUUUGCUGCCGGCGUUUGAGUACAGAGGAACUUGGAUACCUAUCCUGACUGUCACAGUCCAAGGCAGUGCUAAAGCCACCUACUUAGAGAUGCUGGACAAAGUUGAACCCCCGACUAUACCAGAAGGCUACGCCAUGUCCGUGGCAUUCCACUGCCUGUUGGAUCUUGUCCGAGGAAUCACCACUAUGAUAGAAGGAGAGUUGGGGGAGGCUGGGACAGAGUGUCCCACUGUCACAGAAGGAGCAUCGUCACAGUCCUCAGGACAGGGAGAUGCACAGUCAGCAUCAGACCAGCUGGAGAAGGAGACAGUGAGCAGAGCCGUCUGGGAAGAGAUGGUGAGCGCUUGCUGGUGUGGUCUUCUUGCUGCCCUCUCACUUCUCCUCGAUGCCAGCACAGAUGAGGCUGCCACUGAGAACAUUUUAAAGGCUGAACUGAGCAUGGCUGCUCUCUGUGGAAGACUGGGCCUUGUCACUUCACGGGACGCCUUUAUAACCGCAGUCUGCAAAGGUUCCUUGCCUCCACAUUACGCCCUGACUGUGCUGAAUGCCGCCACUGCAGCUGCACUCUGCAAUAAGUCAUACUCUAUCCAGGGUCAAAGUGUUAUGAUGAUAAGUCCAUCAAGCGAGUCUCACCAGCAGGUUGUGGCAGUGGGUCAGCCUCUUGCCGUCCAGCCUCAAGGGACAGUGAUGCUGACUUCCAAAAAUAUCCAGUGUAUGAGGACUCUGCUUAACUUAGCUCACUGUCAUGGUGCUGUUCUUGGAACAUCAUGGCAACUUGUUCUGGCAACUCUUCAGCAUCUUGUAUGGAUUCUGGGAUUAAAGCCUAGUAGUGGUGGUGCCCUGAAGCCUGGGAGAGCGGUAGAAGGACCCAGCACAGUGCUAACAACAGCCGUGAUGACAGACUUGCCAGUGAUCUCCAACAUACUGUCAAGACUGUUUGAAAGCUCACAGUAUCUUGAUGACGUAUCUUUGCAUCAUUUAAUAAAUGCACUUUGUUCCUUAUCUCUAGAAGCAAUGGAUAUGGCCUAUGGAAAUAAUAAGGAACCGUCUCUUUUUGCUGUUGCCAAAUUGUUAGAAACUGGACUAGUUAAUAUGCACAGAAUAGAAAUUUUGUGGAGACCUCUAACUGGCCAUCUACUUGAGGUUUGCCAGCAUCCAAACUCGCGGAUGAGAGAGUGGGGAGCAGAAGCUUUGACGUCACUCAUUAAGGCAGGACUGACAUUUAACCAUGAACCUCCACUUUCACAGAACCAGAGACUUCAGCUGCUCUUACUGAACCCAUUAAAAGAGAUGUCCAACGCUAACCAUCCAGACAUCCGGCUGAAGCAGCUGGAGUGUGUGCUGCAGAUCCUGCAGAGUCAGGGGGACAGUCUCGGGCCUGGGUGGCCAUUGGUUCUUGGAGUUAUGGGAGCGAUCAGAAGCGAGCAAGGAGAGUCGCUGAUAAGAACUGCCUUUCAGUGUCUUCAGUUGGUUGUGACAGAUUUUCUACCAACAAUGCCUUGUUCUUGCCUACAGAUUGUUGUAGAUGUUGCAGGUAGCUUUGGACUUCAUAACCAAGAACUUAAUAUUAGUUUAACUUCAAUAGGUUUAUUGUGGAAUAUUUCAGAUUAUUUUUUCCAAAGAGGGGAAACUAUUGAAAAAGAGUUAAAUAAAGAAGAGGCUGUUCAGCAGAAGCAGGCAGAAGAAAAAGGGGUGUCUCUGAAUAGGCCGUUCCACCCUGCACCCCCAUUUGAUUGCUUAUGGUUAUGUCUUUAUGCAAAACUGGGGGAGCUUUGUGUGGACCCCCGCCCUGCAGUGAGGAAGAGUGCGGGGCAGACACUGUUCUCUACAAUCGGUGCACAUGGAACCUUGCUGCAGCACUCAACCUGGCACACUGUCAUUUGGAAGGUACUCUUUCAUCUAUUGGACCGAGUUCGGGAAUCUUCUACGACUGCAGACAAAGAAAAGAUUGAGUCUGGAGGUGGAAAUAUUUUAAUUCAUCACUCAAGAGACACGGCAGAGAAGCAAUGGGCUGAGACGUGGGUGUUGACGCUCGCCGGAGUAGCAAGAAUCUUCAAUACCAGGAGAUACUUACUGCAGCCUCUAGGAGACUUUUCAAGAGCUUGGGAUGUUCUUCUUGACCACAUUCAGUCAGCUGCGCUCAGCAAAAACAAUGAAGUGUCCCUGGCUGCUCUGAAAAGCUUCCAGGAAAUCUUACAGAUUGCAUCCCCUGUCAGAGACUCCGAGAAGCCCGAGACGCCCGUGGUGAAUGUGCCCGUGCCUGUCCUUAUAGGAGGCAUUUCGGGGCCAGGCCUAAGCAGGCCAUUUGUAAGGACGGAUUCCAUUGGAGAAAAACUGGGAAGAUACAGCUCUGAGCCGCCCGUGGUAACGGACGAGCUGGAGGACUUGAACCUCUGGUGGGCUGCCUGGAGCACCUGGUACAGGAUUGGCUCUGAAAGCACAAAACCACCUGCAGCUUUUGAUAAGAUGACCUUCAUCCCCAGCCAGCCUUUCCUUACAGCUCUGAUUCAGAUAUUCCCAGCAUUGUACCAGCACAUAAAAGCCGGCUUCAACAUGGACGACUUACAGAAGUUAGGAGUCAUUUUGCACAGUGCCGUUUCGGUCCCCAUAAGUUCAGAUGCAUCCCCUUUCAUCCUUCCGUCGUACACUGAGGCGGUUCUGACAAGUUUACAGGAAGCUGUGCUUACAGCUUUAGAUGUUCUCCAAAAGGCCAUCUGUGUCGGACCAGAAAACAUGCAGAUAAUGUACCCAGCUAUUUUUGACCAGCUGCUGGCAUUUGUAGAGUUUUCCUGUAAGCCUCCACAGUAUGGACAGCUGGAAACAAAGCAUGUUGCAAAUGCAAAAUAUAACCAGGCGGAAUGGGUAGCCUUGAAUUAUGUACCAUUCGCGGAAAGGUCUUUAGAAGUAGUUGUGGAUUUGUACCAAAAAACGGCCUGUCAUAAAGCAGUGGUGAACGAGAAAGUCCUCCAGAAUAUCAUUAAGACUCUCAGGGUUCCUCUCAGUUUGAAGUAUUCUUGCCCUUCUGAAAGCACAUGGAAACUGGCGGUAGCUUCUCUACUCAAAGUUCUCUCCAUUGGGCUGCCUGUCGCCCGGCAGCAUGCCUCUUCUGGGAAGUUUGACAGCAUGUGGCCAGAAUUAGCUAGCACUCUUGAAGACUUCCUCUUUACUAAAAGCAUACCUCCAGAUAAUCUCUCUAUUCAAGAAUUUCAAAGAAAUGAAAGUAUUGAUGUUGAAGUGGUUCAGCUGAUCAGCGUGGAGAUCCUCCCGUAUGCCAACCUCAUCCCUAAGGCAUUUGUGGGUCAGAUGAUGACCAUGCUCAACAGGGGCUCCAUCCACUCGCAGUCGUCCUCCUUCACAGAAGCAGAGAUUGACAUUCGUUUGAGAGAAGAAUUUUCUAAAAUGUGUUUUGAAACAUUGCUCCAGUUUUCGUUCAGUAACAAAGUCACAACACCCCAGGAAGGCUACAUCUCACGGAUGGCCCUCUCCGUGCUUUUAAAGAGGUCUCAGGAUGUCCUGCAUCGCUACAUAGAGGAUGAGAGGCUGAGUGGGAAGUGCCCUCUCCCAAGGCAACAAGUAACAGAAAUCAUAUUUGUCUUAAAAGCAGUCAGCACUCUCAUUGAUUCACUUAAGAAAACACAGCCCGAGAACGUUGAUGGAAAUACCUGGGCACAAGUAAUUGCCUUAUACCCAACUUUAGUAGAAUGUAUCACCUGUUCCUCCUCAGAAGUCUGCUCUGCUCUUAAAGAGGCACUAGUUCCCUUUAAGGAUUUCAUGCAGCCACCAGCAUCCAAAGUUCAAAAUGGAGAAUCUUGACCAGCUACAGUACACACACAGGAAGAAAUAUAUUCUAAGGGAUGCUUCCUCCUGGUCUCUAAGAAGGACGUUUCUUACGAAGUCAUUCUUGGCAGCUGCUGUUUGCCUUCUUUAAAUUAAAGUGUAAUUAUCUGGGUUCCGUGAUCCAUACAGAAGUAUAGGUGACAGCAAAGGCUUCUGGAGGAGCCAAGCCUUCCCAUGAGCAGUCUUGAUGGAGGGCUGGUGGACACUACAUCAUCCCUUCUACCAUAGCUUCAGUUGGUGAUUUAAAGUGAGCUUAUGUACAGUUUGUGGUGUAUGUGUUAAUGAUGUACUUUUUAAAAAGGAUAUUUCCAUUCAGAUUUUUGAGGCUGGUGUUUUGCACCCUUUUUCAAGUACAGAAUUGUACUAAAAUUUUAUGCAAGGUGGUACUGUAACAUUCCAUAUUAUCUACAACCAGCCUUUGUGAACAAAGGGAACUGACAUACUGUGUGUAUAAUAAAUGGUACAGUUCUGUACAAAAUAGUUGCAUUUAUUUAAAAUUUUAAAAUAUUGAUGAUGUUAAAUGCUCGAAGCUGUAUUUAUUAUUAAUACAAAACUGUUUGCUUACAUUUUUACUUCUGAUUUGCCUUCUUCUGGGGCAGACACGCUUAGCUUAUUGUGUAAUCAUACAGUUAGCCUUAUGCUUUUUUACAUGCAUUAUUAGUGGCCAGAAGGAUUAUGUGAACACAACAACAGAAGGUAUGAUUUGCUGACUUUGCACCUUUGAAAUGCAGGUUGUAACUUAAACCCUGAGACACAUUGUAGCACCAUGACCUAAUCAUACCUCAUUUCUUUAAGUCUCUCUCUAAGCUUCUAUGUGUGAUUUUAUAUUUGCUGUCUGAAUUUUAAAGACUUUUCAUGUUGCUUCUUCUUGUGACAUAUGUCACUGUCUUUAAAUGAUGACCAAGGCAAGAUGACUUGAUAUUUGCCACUGAGAUUUUGUUCUGCUCUGGCUUCCUUUUCUGAGCUCUUUCCAAGAAGACACAGCACCAGGCUAACCCAAAGUAUAGAGCGAGUGUCCUGGAGCAAGUGCUGUCCCACCCUAAAAGAGAAAGAAAGUUGCGGAGCACGUGACUGCUUUCUUACAAAACUGACUGACUUUGACCUAGCUCACUGUAUUUUUUAUUUAAUUAAUAUGCUGUUACAGUAUUCUUCCAAGCUAAACUUUUAUUUCACAAGUGCUGAAGACAUGAAAAAUGUUGAAAACAUUGCUAUUAAUAAGCGGUAGUGGAGUUGAAAUUAUUUUAAUGUACUAGAAAAGUUUUGACUUUAACAAGAUUUAUAAAUUUUGGCCUCUCAAGAAUAACCAUAAAACUAUAAGGGGACCCUACAGUUGAAUAGUCAAUGAGAUACAAUUUUGAGGCUAUUUUAAUUAUGUAAUGAUUUAAUUUGCACUAUAUUCUGUAUAUGUGUGGUAAGGCCUAUUUUGAAGGAGUAUUAUUUUUACUCACAUGAAUCAAUGAAUUUCUAUUUUAUUAUUUCACCUAAGGUUAAGGUAAAACAUGGCAUUUCAUAGACUGUACUGUCAGUGUUUUCUUAAAGGUGUUUUAAAAAAUGACUCAAGCGGUGUAUUUUUUAUAUUUUGAUAUAUUCACUUUGUGGAUUAAAAAAAUAGGAAUAUCACUGAUAAAGUAUGAAAAUACUAAGAGUGGUAACAUUUUCAAGAUAUUACCAUGAGUUUAUAGAAAGUAAAAGUGUCUGCUUGUGAGAAAUAACAGAUCAAUUGCAACCUGAAUGAUUCUUCUCCAGUGAAGGUAGCUGUGAGUCAAGGGUCGACAGCACACAGUUACAUAAAAUAAAUAAUCGGCGCUAAUACAGUAUUAGCUUUUAAUACCAAUGUUAUAAACAUGAUGGAUGUGUUAAUGUACAGUGAUUAAUGCCAGGCUCAGUGUCAAGGAAGUGGGCCACACCCUUGGAGGACUAACUGACAGGCUUCUCCCCAAAGUUUCUCUCAACUCUCAAGGAGUCACUGUUAGUAAUUA